AUAUAUAUAUAUAUAUGUAGGCAUAGAAUUUUUGCGAAUUGAGACAUACGUAUUUCUCUAAACUGUGCAAAUUUUGUGUUGGAAAAAAAUGUCUGCACAGAAAAUACAAACAUUUGAUAUAUCUCCAAAACAACGAGAAAUAUUACAAUUUAAACACACGAGAAAAAUUCAAUUACGUCAACAGUAUUUAAAAGAAAUUCUCAACCCAGCGGUACAAACAAUGCCCAUAGAUGACGCAAUUCAACGAUUAGCCUUUUUGAGAUCUCAACAUGAAUUUGUUGUGCAAACAAGAUUUUGGCCACACGUGGUGGUUGGUAUUGCAUAUCUUGGAAGCAUGUAUCUAGCUGCAAGAAUUCUUACAUACUUCAAGGACAAGCAAGAACAUAUUUAUCGUACUGGACAAUUAAGCUAUCGUGAUAGAGAAUUUAAAUUUGCAUAACAUUUUGUUUUUUGCAAUAGUAUAUUUAUAAAUGUUGAGUUUGUAACAUAUAUUUCAAUGCAUGUACUAUAAUACAAUAAAAUACAAAAUAAUUGCUUCGCAAAUAAACAUAAAAU